AUGUCACACAAGUAUCAUUUCGAUGUCACCAUGUCCUGUUCAGGAUGUUCUGGAGCUAUUGAACGAGUAUUAAAGAAACAAGAUGGAAUUGCCAACUAUCAAGUCUCCUUGGAGAACCAAACUGUUGAUGUUGAAACCGAUAAGGAUUACGAUACAAUUUACAAUGUAAUUCAAAAAACUGGUAAAAAGAUUAAUGGUGGGAAAGUUGUGAGUUAG